AGAUUAUCUCUCCUGAAGUAUCGAUUAAUACACCAAUCACUCAAUCUUCACAUUUGAAGUUUACUUACACUCAAUCUCCAUCUUCGAAGACUACUUCCAUUUCUUUUAGCACUACGCCAAUCACUCAAUCUCCAUCUUCGAAGACUACUUCCAUUUCUUCCAGCACUACGCCAAUCACUCAAUCUCCGUCUUUGAAGACUACUUUCAUUUCUUCUAGCACUAUGCCAAUCAUUUAUUCAGGCCCAAUCCCAAUUCAAAACAUUCAUUUACCGACUAAGUAUUUACACAUGAAUCGUGAAACAUCCGCUCAAGAAUCAUCAUCUUGA